CGCGGGACACACAGAUGAUAAUGACGUCAAGCUCUGAACAUCGGCUCAAAGUUUCGCAUCCGGUUGAACUUAAUAUUAUUAGCCACAUAAAGCGUUUCCUGUCCUUAAUUUUAAAUUGUCAGGCGUUGGACCGACCUCAACAUCUCAUUACGGAUGUGUCUUAUUAAGGGUUGAAACUCAAAUCUUGGGGCUCCUGUUAACCCAUCCAGCCGGUGUGGGACGUGUGUUGUCCCCCUCUUCUCCUGCGAGAUGGGCAGUCAUUUCCGCAGCUACAUCUGGGAUCCGAUCCUCAUCAUCUCUCAGAUUGUUCUCAUGCAGUGCAUCUACUACAGCUUCUUGGGUCUGUGGUUGGCUGGUGUUGAUGGUUUGGUCCAUACCAGUAGAUCACUUGACCAGAUAUUCAGUUAUGAGGUUCUUGGCUUUUCAACAACACAAGGCCGCUUGUCUAUGAUGGCAUUCAUUCUGAAUUCUCUCACAUGUGCUCUUGGCCUGUGGUUUUUCAUCCGACGGGGAAAGCAGUGCUUGGACUUCACCGUAACAGUGCAUUUCUUCCACAUGAUCGGCUGCUGGAUCUAUAACGCCCACAUCCCAGCCGCCCUGUCAUGGUGGUUGGUCAACGUGGCCUGCAUGGCCCUCAUGGCAGUCAUUGGCGAGUACUUAUGCAUGCGGACAGAGCUCAGAGCAAUUCCUGUCAACACGGCACCCAAAUCCAACCUAUGAGGACUGUUUAGAGACAGAUGUGCCACAGUUGGAGUGAAUGAGGUCGGCGUAUCGGCAGGGCUGGUGUGUUGACUAAUGCUGCUGUGGUUUUCCAGGAGGAUGAGCAGAAGGGACUUGGUUUUCUGGUGAUGGAUUGGUCACGUCACUGUAUUUAAUCCAGAUGACAUUGAGAUGUGCCGCAUAUGUCAGAUGGGUUUUCAAGCUGCAUCAUGUUAGGAUGAUGACUUCCCGCAAGCAUUCGCAUCAUUUCAAAGGGACUAUUGUAAUUAGUAUAUUUAGUAAUUAUUUAGGAUCAACAGUUUUCAUCAUUCACAGAUGGCUACUGAAAAUAUGAAAGCGAUGUGUGUUCUAACAGCGCAGAAAACAUCAUGUCUUAUGUGUAAGUCUUUAUCUAAAAUAAAAUGCAAUGUAAUUCUGAAUACUUGGAUAAUGGUUCCUUAUCCUUUGGAAAGAAAUAAGUGGUUUUCAUGUUUUAUCAAGUCACCGUUUUACAGUUACCAAUGGCAGAGUUUAAGUCGACAUGAAAUCAAAAUGGACUCUCUUGAUAGACGUUCCUGUUGUUAUUGAGCAUGUUGUUCCACAGAACAAAGUUAAAUGUGGAUGCCUGCUUUUUUAUUUUUUAUUUUCCGUUUAAUAUUAAUAGAGAUGUCACAUUAAGGAAGUAAAAUUGGUCUCAAAUGCUGUUUAAUGUUUACAUGUUUAAUGUAUUUUGCAUUCAAUUUCAACCCACGUCUGUCUGCUACAAUCAGUAUCGCUUUCAAAAUUUGUUUGCGAUAAGUAAUGGCAUCAUACAUGCUUUUGUAAAGGUUUAAAGCAAAUCAGAUCAACCAGAUAUUUUACAUAUACUGUUGCAACAUCCUGUUUCUCAAGCACUUUCAGCUACAAGUUUAUUACUGACUACUACAAUAGAAAGGCUAAAUAUGAACUGUCAUGCUGCAGGCUCAAAAUAGAUAAGAUGGUAGAAUUGAAAAAAGGUGUUGCAACCUGUUAGACAUUGUACUGUAUUACAGGCAUUUUGUCAAUGGUUUUGCUUUUGGUGGAACUUUGUAGAUUUGAAUGAAUGAACAACAUAAAACAUUAAAGUUGAACUGCUUAAAGCUGCACAAGGAAACAUCUCAUGGCAGCUGCAUGGUUUCUCAAACGUGUUGCGAAAUACUCGUUGCUUUAAGAUGUCUUCUCAAUUGUUUUGUCAGAAUAAAACUAUAUUCUGCAGUGUC